AUGAAUGAAAUUGAUGCGAAGAAUAUGCUGGUUGCAAUACGUAUCAGGCCUCUCAACCAAAAAGAAAUUUUAAAUAAUGAUCGAAGUAUAGUAAGAGUGGAAGACAACUUAUUAAUAAUGCUUGAUAUGAAUGACUUCGAAGAUAGGAAAAACAUUCUUCAUAGGUCGAGGGAGAAAAGGUACAUUUUCGACAAAAUCUUCCAAGAUGUGAGCAAUGAAAUUGUAUUUAUGAAUAGUUCUAAAGGAAAAUAUACAAUUUUUAUAGGGAAAUACCCCUUUUUGUGAGCAUUUUCUCAUAAAAAGGGGUUCCCACUAUUAAAUUUUGCAUAAGGGUUUGUGAAAUAUUAUAGAGGAGAAAACUCAAAUAGAGAUUUUAUAUAAAUAACUAAGGGUAGUAUUUAUGAAUACAGUCUCAGACCUUAUUCAGCCUGCUUUAUCUGGGAUAAAUGCAUGUGUUUUCGCAUACGGUCCAACUGGCUCUGGAAAAACAUAUACAAUGAUCGGGACCACUGAAGACCCAGGCAUAGCUGUCCUCACAAUCCGUGAAAUGUUUGAAAAAGUCCAAUCAGACUCUGAUAAAAUCUACGAAAUCAAAAUUUCAUAUGUAGAAAUUUAUAAUGAAGCCAUCAGAGAUCUAUUAAUCCCAAAUUCAGGGUAUUUGGAUUUGAGAGAUGACCCUACUCGAGGUGUUGUGAUUGCAGGGGUUUCUGAGUUUACAGCUGAAAGCACUGAACAAGUGAUGAGCUUAAUUACAGCAGGAAAUAAAAGAAGAACAACUGAAGCCACCAAUGCAAACCAGACCUCGUCAAGGUCUCAUGCAGUGUUCCAAGCUAUGAUUUCACAAAGGGAUAGGGUCACUAAUACAGUUUUGGAUGUUUUUCAGGGGAAAUUGUCACUAAUUGAUUUGGCUGGCUCUGAAAGAGGAAAUGUGACUGAAAACAGAGGAAUGAGACUUUUCGAAGGCUCAAAAAUCAAUAGAUCUCUACUAGCCUUAGCGAACUGUAUAAACGCACUUGGCGAUAAAUCCAAAAAAGGCUUUUUUGUCCCUUAUAGAGACUCCAAGCUUACAAGGAUGCUCAAAGACUCUCUUGGCGGUAACUGCAAAACUGUCAUGAUUUCUAACAUCUCCCCUGCUUCUUCACAAUUCGAAGAAUCUGCUAAUACUCUCAAAUACGCCAGCCGUGCCAAAAACAUAAAAUACAAGGUUCAAGCUAACAAAAAGCUAGUCGCUCUCCACAUAACUGAAUAUAAAAACAUCAUCUCUGACCUUCGUAGCGAAAUAGAGUCCUUAAAAACCCAGCUUCACCACAGUCCUAUGCCAAGCCAGCCUCCUUCUUCAGACGGCGAAAUUAAAUGUACAUGCCGACGGCUUGAAGAAGACAUCGAAAUGAAAAAGCUCCAAGCCGAAAUUUUCGAAAAUUUCCAAGAAAGAAUCCAGCUGAGACGAGCUUUAUUAGAGCUUGAAGAACAAAAUUCGCUAAAUGCGCUGGAAAUUAAAAGAAGGCAAGCAGAGGUGCUGAUUUGGAAAAAGCAAGAAGAAUUAAAAGAGCUUCCGAAAUAUGUAGAAGGAAGACCGUUGUCCGCGGUACCUCCACAUGUGAGAAAACAGUUUAAAGAUAUACAGAUGCUGAAGGCGAGUACUGUAAGGGAGAAUUAGGAUAAAAAUACACAGAGGAAAGAAUUAAUGCUGCAGCAGCUUCAAGAGAAUAUGGGGAGAGGGAAACAGAUUAGGGAUUCUAUUGUGUCCAGGGUCAGAUUGCAAGAUAAAAGAGACUUUUUGGAACUAUUGAUAAAAAGCCAUAUUUUGGAGCAGACAAAUGUAGAAUUAGAGCUGCAGCUGCUGAUCCAAGAAAAGACCAUAACGGAUUUGCAGAAUUUGGUGCUAGCACAAAAAAAGCUACUGGAAGAGCAAGGGAUUGAUGAUGGUAAUUUUUAGUCAGGGUCUUCAUUGUGGAAUAAAAUCGAUACAAUAGUCCCUCCUACUGAAGAAGAGGUUGAAGAAAUCAAAGAAAUUUCAGAAGAAGAGCUUAAAUUAGACGGCUACGACUUUACUGAGCCUUUAGAUGAGGAAGAAGAAAUGCCUUGUGAGGACGAGGAUUUUGAAACAAGCGAGCUUUUGUUAGCAACAAGUAAGGUUUCUGCCGAUAUUGACCAAACUGAAAGCCCAGUUGAUUUUAUGCUAAAAGGGAAAGGACUUAUUAAAAAACAACAAGAAAAUGAUAUAAAAACUAAGGUAGAAAACACCCAGCCAAAACCAGACUUAGGCCCAGCCCCUGGGAUGGGACUUAUGAUUAAUGGGAAAAUAAUUGAAGAUGGAUUAUCGAAGAAAUCUGUGGCAGCCAAGCCUGUAAAGCCAGCAAAGAAGAAACCAAAUGGGCUGGAAGUUUAUCGGAAGAAAAAAUAA